GUCCCGAGGGCGGGGCCGCGGCGCGCCGCGCAGACCCCGCCCCUCCCCGCGUGCUGUCUGUCCCGCGGCCUCUGGCGUCUGUCCGCGCGUCGGCUGAGCGGUGUCUCCCCGACGCGGGGAUCGCGAGGUGCUCGCGGAAUGUUUAUUAACUCGAAGCUAGUGAGACAGUUAAAAGCCAGCCGACCCCGAGGACUGAGCAGUUCUCCCUGGAGCUGUGGACUGUUUUAAGUGGGUGCGAAGUGAGGAGACACCUGCGGGCAGGACUUCACUGGAGGAGGUGACAGGAGAGCUCUUGAAACUAAAUAAGACCCUUCACAAAGCAGAACUGGGCUUUCUGAUCAUUCUAUCCCAAGAUGAUGACAGAGUCAAAGAAAGCUGCAGCUCAGAAUCCUCAGGAGGAAGAAGGGCUCCUGAGAGUGAAGGUAGAGGACGAAGGUUUUGCCUGGGAGCAGGAUGCUUGCUCACAGAGAAGUGAUUCUCUCAAGCAGGAGCUGUGCCGGCAACUUUUCAGGCGGUUCAGCUACCACGAUGCACCUGGGCCACACCGGGCGCUGAGCCGGCUCCGCGAGCUCUGCCGGCUGUGGCUACGGCCCGAGACGCACAGCAAGGAGCAGAUGCUGGAGCUGCUGGUGCUGGAGCAGUUCCUGAGCAUCCUGCCCGUGGAGCUGCAGGCCCGGGUGCGGGAGCAGCACCCGGAGAGCGGGGAGGAGGCCGUGACAGUGCUGGAAGAUGUGGAGAGUGGCAGCAGUGAGGCCACGUCUCAGGUUCCAGUCCCUGGACAUGGACAAGAAAUAUUCAGGAGAAAGGUGGCACCUCCUAAACCAGCACUUACUGUCCAGCUCCAGCUAGUGGAGGCCAAGGACCUUCAGGGUUCUUCAGAACCCCCUCUCCCACUGGACUGUGAUAAUGAGAGUGAAAACAGUGGGUCUAUCCCAAACCUGGACAUUCAUGAAAAAAUGAACUCACAGAGAAGUUUAUCAGGAAGACCUUCGGGAUUUGCAUCAGAGGAAUCUCCGGAGCCUCAGGACGUCUCCAAGUCUGCAGGCCGGAUAAAGUGGCAGCAGGAAAACGAACCUGGGGAGCCUCGGAGACCAUUGUCUGCUCAGGAUGGAGGUUUUAGCAAAAUCCUCACCCACAAAAAUAUACUCUCAGGUGAAAUACUAAGUCAUGGUGGAUGUGACAGAAGUGUAAACCUGAACUCAAAUGAAUUUACACACCAGAAAUCUUGUAAACAUGGUACCUAUGACCAAAGUCUCAAGUGGAAUUCAGGUUUUAUUAAGCAUCAAAGAAUUUAUGCUGGAGAAAAAAUUCCCCAAUGUGGAAAAUCUCUCAAGCACCCAAAUCUUACUAAACAGACCACAGUUCUCAGUGGGGAGAAAACCCAUCAGUGUAGCGAGUGUGGGAAAGCUUUCAGACACAGCUCCAAGCUUACCAGACACAAGAGGAUCCACACUGGAGAGAGGCCCUAUGAGUGUAAGGAAUGUGGGAAAGGGUUUGGGGGGGGCUCCGAUCUCAUUAGACACCAGAGAGUCCACUCUGGGGAGAGACCCUUUGAAUGCAAAGAAUGUGGGAGAGCCUUCAGCCUGAACUCACACCUCAUCCUGCAUCAGAGAAUCCACACCAGGGAGAAACCCUAUGAAUGCAGCGAGUGUGGGAAAACCUUCAGAGUGAGCUCACACCUCAUUCGACACCUGAGAGUCCACACUGGAGAGAAACCCUAUGAGUGCAGCGAGUGCGGGAGAGCCUUCAGUCAGAGCUCACACCUCAGUCAGCAUGAGAGAAUUCACACCCAGGAGAGACGACAUAAAUGUGAUGAAUGUGGGAAGAGCUUUGCUCAGAGCUCAGGCCUUGUUCGCCACUGGAGAAUCCACACUGGGGAGAAACCUUAUCAAUGUAAUGUGUGUGGGAAGGCCUUCAGUUACAGAUCAGCCCUUCUUUCCCAUCAGGAUAUCCACAACAAAGUAAAACGCUAUCACUGUAAGGAGUGUGGCAAAGCCUUCAGUCAAAACACAGGCCUGAUUCUGCACCAGAGAAUCCACACUGGGGAGAAGCCGUAUCAGUGCAACCAGUGUGGGAAGGCUUUUAGUCAGAGUGCGGGCCUCAUUCUGCACCAGAGAAUCCACAGUGGGGAGAGACCCUAUGAAUGUAAUGAGUGUGGGAAAGCCUUCAGUCAUAGCUCACACCUCAUUGGACAUCAGAGAAUCCACACGGGGGAGAAACCCUAUGAGUGUGAUGAGUGUGGGAAAACCUUCAGGCGGAGCUCACAUCUUAUUGGCCAUCAGAGAAGCCACACUGGGGAGAAGCCCUACAAAUGCAAUGAAUGUGGGAGGGCCUUCAGUCAAAAGUCAGGCCUUAUUGAGCACCAGAGAAUCCACACUGGAGAAAGACCCUAUAAAUGCAAAGAAUGUGGGAAGGCUUUCAAUGGGAACACUGGCCUCAUUCAGCAUCUGAGAAUUCACACGGGGGAGAAGCCCUAUCAGUGUAAUGAGUGUGGGAAAGCCUUUAUUCAGAGGUCGAGUCUCAUUCGACAUCAGAGAAUCCACAGUGGAGAAAAAUCUGAAUCAUAGGAGGUUAGGGGGAAACUUGAGUCAUAGUUGGGUGGUGUUCAACAUUAGAGGAACCACAUGCUGGUGAGAGGUCUUUCAGUGCAGUAAAAGGCCAGAAAGUUUGUCGUCGUGACCUGAUGCAGGGUCAGAAUCGAUAGUGGUGGCAGUUAGAAUAGCUCGAGUAGUUCAGGCCCAGUGCCUCGAGACAGGUUGAUUAGCUUGACUGUCCUCGGAGGUGUCUGAUGGCCCAGUGUACCCCUUAGAAGCUUGAAGAGCAUCCGCUUAAAGAAGCUUGUGGCUUGAGGUACCUAAUUUUGUCUUCUGGGUGAGUAGCUGUAGAUUCAAGCGAGGCUGCUCUGGCUCCUCUGCUUCCUCCACCCCUGUGAUCCCCUCCCUGGGUAUUCCCCUGGAGGGGCAUGUGUGCUCCUUAUCUACCUAGGAAGCUGCUUUAGAGUCUGAAGCAGCCUCUGUGUGAGACUUAGAUUUGUAUUCCUAGUUCUAGGGAAAUUUUUACAGACAGGUAUUCAUGCUUAAGUGUGCAUUUUCUUCUAAUGUUUCUGGUAGUCGGUGGAAAUUCAUAUUCCCACGCAAACUCAGAACGCUAUAUUUUUAACAGCACUCCAGCGUUUUUCUUCAUAUGUCUCCUUCUCUGACUCCACUGAGUCGUAGAACACCAUACGUGUCCUUCUCCACCCCGAUACCGGGCCCCGAGUCAGCCAAGGAAGUAAUGCAUUAGUGAUGACUGUGCAGAGAAAGGUGAGUGCAGGCAGCCCAGCUGUCCUUGAGCUUGGAUGGUUGUUCCUUGUGACGUCUGCAUCUCCUUUCCGUCUCCCCACUGCACGCUGUGUACAGAUGGGUGUUUUACACCAUCCUAGUUAUGGUGUCAGGUGGGAGGAGAUGGGCUUGAGGAAGGCACAAAAAUCCUACACAGAAUGUGCACUCAUCCGUUUCGCCCAUCUCAGGACUGCUCUUGCAGGUUCCUGACUAGAUAGUUGGUCACUCCUGUGGUCACCCUGGACACCCUUCUUCAGGCAGCCAGUACCUCACAUGUUCGUCUGCUUCUUGCCAUGCACUUAUACAUCCCAGUAGUGGUCUUUCGAGUAUCUCGCUUCACAGUCGCUUGUUUUUCUCAGUUUGGGUGCACAUUCCAUCUCUAUCCACAAAGGCCAUGUAAAACUCAUCAUCACCAGGAUGGCAUUUCAUCUUGGAGGCUGGUUUAAAGUAUUAUCAGAGCUUACAUGUCCACAUGGGUUGUCCUUCCAGUUGGGCGGUUGUAACUAUUUUGAUAGUGUUAUUACUGCAAUAAGCAUUCCUUCAGGUAUUCCCGUUUGAUAAACCAUACAGGAAAACUAUAUUAGUCUUGGGUCACAUCUCGUUUUUGACUGUUUGCUUACCCACUUAUUCACCAGAUUUGGAAUCAAGUAACUGGCUAUUUUCAAAUUCAUCUUUCAUAAUGGAAAUUGAUUCCAUUAAAAAUAGGAUAUAAGUUUUGCUGGAAACUCCAAGAGAAGUUAUGUAACUUCACACUGUGACUAUUCUGAACAGGAACAGCACUGAAUAAUUAUUUUAUGGUUGAUGUUUUUAAAAAUCAGUCAUAAAAUCUUAAUUUACAGAGGUCCGUCUUUGGGAUCAUAAAUUCCUUCUCUGUAACAUCCUUUCUCUACCACCCUUUGGCCUACCUUCACCACGAACAUCAUGGUUACCUACACCUAGUUCACUGAGUUACUGCUACUCACCAUCAUUUGUCAUCCUGGUUUCCUUGAUGAACUUUUCAAGACAGUGCUUUCAGUUGUCCUUUAUUUUCUUAUUCUCUUUCUCUCUCUGGCCUAUGGAUUACCAUUCCCUUAUAUUUGAAAUUUCAAGAAACUAGAAAUUAAUAAGUCUGGUUGUCUAGGUCCUUGUCCUCUGCUUCAGUUUUGCCUUACGCUCUGUUAGAUACUAAUUCUGCCUGAGGCCAGUGCCACCUGUGUGCCAGUAUUACAUAGGAUGGAUAGGGGAGGAUGUGUGUGUGUGCGCAUGUGCGUGUACACACACACACACAAACACACCUCCCAUAUAACUUAGAGGAAUGCUUGUCUUCUAUUCCAGUGAAAACUCUCAGCAGAGUAACAUUGAAAUGAUUGAAGAAGUACCAGCUAAUGUCUCUUUACUUAGAGUAGGGUAUAACCAGACUACUUCAACAUCAGAAUAGUACUAAUCAUCAGGCAGAAAUUCAGAGAAAAGAAAAUAUGACUAGCAAGAUCAGUGUUAUACUGGAUGAAUGUGAGAAAUGAGUGAAUUGAAGGAACUAUCAAGGCUGACUCAGCACCUACAGAAACAGCCAAGUAGUAAAAAAUGGACAUUCAUGAAGUUCCUUUAUCCUGCAGAUUCUGUUUCUAUGCUCUUAAUCUGAAGUGAACUGCUCACUGAUGUUUUCUCUGCCUCCUCGGCUCCUCGUUCUGGAUGGACUUGGAAUGACUGGUUCUUCUGGAGCUGCUACCGUCCCACACAGUCCUGGGAGGUUUCCUCCCGUGAGCAAGGUGGCAGUAUAAGAACUUAGUGGUUGACUCGCAGGGGAGCUAUGGGCUUCACUCUUGGUCCUGAGGCUCUAGAUAGGAGUAACUGACAUUUAUUGAGCACUUACUAUGUGCCAGACCCUAUGUUAAGCAUUUCUUAUGCUGUGAUAGAAUAAUGUCCCCAUUUCACAGAUGAGAAGACUGAGGCUUAGAGAGUGAAAUGGGUUGACCAAGAUCACAUAGCUGGCAAGUGGUAGAGCAGAGAUUCUAACCUACACAUUCCAGUUCUCACACCUGUGCUCCUGACCACUGUGAUGUGUGUCUCUAAUGAACACCCAAACCUGGCCAGCCGAUCAGGAACCAUAUCUCCCUUGUACAGGAGGUACUGGGGACAGAAAUGUGCAGAAUAGGGCAAAUCUGUUACAAUUCCUGGGAGACUGGUUGAAAAUGCCAUUUUGCUUUAUAAUUGCAUCAUCUUUAAAUGUUGAUAGUCUUGAUGCUUUGUACUAGAAAACUAGAAUGUGUAAGUAAAAAUGUUGAAAGAGUAACUGGGAGGAUGAAGCAAUAACUUACAGACUCAAAUACAUUCCCCUCACCUGCCCCAGAGAAGGUAGAAAUAUGCAACAGGCCAGACAGAAUCACCUGUUCUUAAAGCUCCUCAGCUGGCCUUGUACUCAGCACUCCACGGAGUGUCCCCAGAAUCUCCAGUGGAUAAAUGUCACGCCUUUUCUUAGCUCUUAUCCUUGAUCUGUUAUUUCAUACGGUUGAAUUUACCCUGUGUCUCAGGGAUGUUCUUCUUUGGCUUGUGGAAACCUUUUUGGUCCUUUCUCCAAUUUCUGGUUUUUUAUUAGUCUUUUUUCUCCUCUCCACUGAGCAUAGUCACUAGUUUUUCUCUCCUCACUCUUGUUUGUUCAUUUUGAUUGUCAGUAACUUAAUAUUUCACACCAUCUCCCUACGUCUUGGUAUUUGAAAACAACUCAUCACUCUUGUCCCCCAAACACCAUUUUCCU